UUAUUUUGAAUAAUUGCGCUUAUUACAGUGAAGAUAUCAUCUGCACAAAAUGAAAAGUCUCGUGCUUUACGCCUGUAUUUUAAUAAUUGCUUUUCAGCCAUCUAGCUCAAUAGAACCAAAAAAACUCAAAAAUGUGAUAGAAACUAUUGAGGAUGACAUUGAAGCUUGCCGAAUUGAAAAUAAUGUGACUGAGGUUGAUGUAUACAAACCCCAAGACAUGAUGACUGACUUACCUACCCAAAUCGAAAAUGAAGAAAGAACAAGAAGAAUUGGCUGCUGGAUUGCGUGUGUCUUAAAAAGACAGGAUUUAAUGGAAAAUUCAAACAUUAAAGAAGCGCAAAUUCAUGUAAGAAUAAAUGUAGAGUAUGGUGGUAGUCUUGAAGAAGUCAUUUUUCACGAAAUUGCACGUAAAUGCAUGAAACAAGUGAGAAAUAUUACACAAGAAUGUGAGAAAAGCUUCUCCCUGCUUGUAUGUGUUAUAAAAUCUGUUUCUAAGGAACAAAAACAUCAAGAACUUGAAAUAGAAGAAGCAGAAGGAAAAACAGAAAUAGAACAAACUGUAUAAACACAAUCAAAUGUAAAAAUUAAAUAUUAUCCUUAUAGUUACUAAUACAUGCAAAGCAUACACACAACACGAUAUAAUUUAUAUUAAAUAAACGUGUAUAUUUACGUGUAUUCUACAAUACUCUAACCUUAUCUUUUUA